GUCUCACGUUUAUUAAGAAAGAUAUAUUGCCCCACCACUCGGUGUUAUAUAACACGAGCGAGAGUGUGCUCAUUCAGGAAAAGAGGCAGGGACGCCGUACAUAUUUCCUCUCGUACAAUAAAGUCAUUCGCUACCUCAGACGUCUUUUUGGGCCGUGUGCAGAAGCUUGGUUGCAAGCAGUGACAGACGUGCGGAGUACAGUGUUUGUGUGGGAGAGGGAGCAGAAGUGAACAAGCGGGCACUUAUCAAUUCCAUACACAUUUUUGUUGUUUUGGUUAGAUUCGACAGUCAUGGCCCGCGGGCACCAGAAGAUCCAGUCCCAGCAGAAGAACGCAAAGAAGCAGGCAGAGGCGAAGAAGAGCAAAGCGCACGACCAGAAGGCUGCUGCCAAGGUUGCCCUGGUGUUCACCUGUGCAGUGUGCCGGACGCAAAUGCCAGACCCGAAGACUUUCAAGCAACACUUUGAGAGCAAACACCCCAAGUCGCCCUUGCCCCCAGAGCUUGUGGAUGUGGAGGCUUGAGCGGGCGAGGCUGCGCUCUGUGCAGAGUCUCAGGGUGCUGGUAAGAACCCACAGUUUCAGGACAAGCGUGCUGUUCGUGAGCUUGACUGGAGUUUCUCUCACAGGCAGCAAUGCACACUUAACACUGACACCAACUUGCCAUAAGGAUUGCCUGGAUCUCCAUUUCUUUAGUUUUUUUGUUUUUUUUUGGUGGGGGGGUGGAUUUGAGGGGCAAAAAUUAGUAGAAUAAUAAGUUGUUUAACAACCUUUCAUUCAGUUAUAUUUUGAAACCAAGGCCCUUUGUUUUGAAGUGAAGAAAGAUGGUACUUCAAAAGGAAAUAAAGUUGUUUUUGUUCUUAUUAAUUUAUCAUUUUGUUGUAACCGUCAUGUUAUCAGGGUUAAUUCAGAACAAAAAAUAAAAGGAGUGUUGUUACUUGGUAUCAUUUCAGUGCGGUUCUGUAAUGUUUUUCUGAAUGACUCGUAUGUGAAGAUUUUUGUGGGAAAUAUUUGUUUUUGUCCGUAUGUAAGGGCCUUUACAGUGCCCGGCGGUAGUAUUAUGUACGAAAGCUUUUAUAAUGCCCUGAGAAAUAUUAGCCAUGCAUUUAUUCAUCGGAUGGUGGUAUGCUCCCCGGUGAGGAUAAUGUUUCUAUUUUACGCACCACUUAUAUUUAACAUCCAAGCAUCAAUGUGCACUUGGUGAAUUACAUGAGUUACGGUCACAUAGAAAUAGUUGCAUAAACAGAACUUUAAUUUAUAUAUAUAUGUAUCAUUUAUAUUUAAAUUCACAAAGUUCUGAUUGAUUCAAGUUCAAAGGUUGAUUUUAUACAUUUUUAUCCCAGUAGUAUUGAGCAUCCUUGUAUUCUUUUCUGAUCAUAUUUUCUCCCAUGUUCAUUUGCUAUUGUGUCAUUUGCUUAUAAAAUAUUAGUGUGAUUUCUGGUUUAAGAAAAAAAUCUAAACCGCAAAAAAGCUUCCCAUCGUCUAAAAGAUGAAUGGAGCCACCUUCUUUGGCUUCUCUUCUCCCAUUUUUUUUUCCACUAAAAAAAUGAUUUAUCAUUGAUUUACUACUACCAGAACUGUAAAAGCAUUCCUACGGUAUGCGGUUUGCGACUUUCAGGAAGAAAAGGUUGUUCUUUCCCUCGUUUAUGAAUGUGUUGUAGUGUAUGUAGGUGGCCCUGUGGUGCACCCUGUUGGACUGAGCUGUAGUUUUUUGCUGCUAAGUAGCUGUUGGUGUGUCACUAUUGAGCUUCUCAAAAGUGCUAACGGAGGGGUGAUUGGAGUAAAUUAAGAAUCAGCCUAUUUAUAAUCCUCUGCUGUAAUGAACCACUGGUGUAAUGAGACUGGUCUUUUUUCAGCUAAAUUUUUACUCUUUACUGUAAUUUCAGCUGUGCCCCUAUGAUGUAAUAUAACAUUUUAAUAAAGUAUUACUUUGGUUAAUAGUC